UAUAAUAAGAGAGAAUAUUUUGCGAUUAAAACUAGAGCCGGAAGAGAGUUCGAACGAUAAGACACAGAGCGAAACAAUGGGAAUCGACGAAACGGUCGGUCGGCCCAUUAAUUGUGAAAAUUUUAAAAUUGUUUACAAAUUAUUUAUAAAGUAAGAUCGCCCGUUGAACUCGUUCCUCGCGAUACCUAUGGUAUUCGCAUCGUGAAUCGGACGGUAAAAUACACCCGUGAAUUUCCGAAGUUUACGGCGUUCGAAAUCGAAGAGGAGCGAAGAGAAGCGAAAAUUGCAAUAAUGGCGAAGCUGGAAAGGAACGUUGCGGAUCGAGGGUGAUCCGAUUACCACGUGACAAAAAUCGAAAAACUCUAGACGGACUGAGAAUAAAAAUGACAACGAGAACGCAACUGAGUGUCGCCCGUCCUUCGUCGCCGCGUAAAUUUUUCGCGCGUCUCUACGGACAUUUGGAAACGAAAGGUAACGUCGCCGAUCGCGAUUGCAGACUUUCAAAUUCGAACGGUGACGAGAAAUCUAGUCGAGAAACAAGAUCGGACAACGGAAAUCCACCCUUACCGGAACUCGUCCCCGACGAAGGAUCCCCGAGACUGGCGCCCGAGGGGGGUGUCGAUUACGUCAACAACAACAACAACGACAACGACAACGACAACAACGACGACAACGACGACGACGACGACGACGACGAUCAAGGACCGACGAGGGACGACAGAAUUUUACAGCGGAGUAAAAUUGAUAACCCGGGGAACGGGGACGGGGAGAAUGCGGGAGAGCUCGUGGAACGGCCGGCCAAAGAAUCGUCGAUUCGUCAGGAUCGUCCUUCGUCGUUGGGCCAUCUUCUUCAGGGUCCCGUGCUGUUUCCGACAACGGCGGGUCAUCAUCUCCAUCUUUCCCACUUGUCGCAUCACCUCUCUUAUCUCCCGCUGAUCGGAGGGAACCCGGGGCACACCAGGCCCGGAAUACCCGCACCCCUCGCCGAGGCCCAUUUCCACGGCUUCUCCGCUUUCCUGGCGCGUCGUCGGAGGAAGGAGGGACGACCGAGGCGGCAGAGGACGACCUUCAGCGGCGAACAGACGCUCCGGUUGGAGGUCGAGUACCGCAGGGGCGAGUACAUAUCGAGGGGGCGAAGAUUCGAAUUGGCGGCGUCUCUGCACCUGACGGAAACGCAGAUAAAAAUUUGGUUUCAGAACAGACGGGCCAAAGACAAACGCAUCGAGAAGGCUCAACUCGAUCAACAAUAUCGAAAUUUCGCGAUGACGAACGGUCUGGUGAACUUCCCGUCUUACGCCGCGGGGGCGACGACGCUUUGCGGACUUUGCAUCUACAAGGACAACGCCGGGGAUGGAGGUGGCAAACAUACCUGCGGCAUCGCCGGAUCUGCUUCACUUCUUCGCACCGAACCGUUGCCGAGGAAUACUCCCAGCAGUGGUAACAGCACGAGCAGCAACAGCAGCGACACUUCUGACAAUCAACCGAUCGUCGUGUCGCCAUUGCAGUAAAACAAAACCGAAAACAAAAGAAUCCGAGGCUGAAAGUCUGAAGGUGUCAUGGCCGAUGAGGUGUGGAUGCCGGCGCGAACUUCGGGAGAGAAAAGAAUCACCGAGAAAUGUCUAGAAAAAUGGUUCGCGAUUCAAUUUUUCACGUAUCGUUGAAAUUAUCGAACGAAGGAUCGUUCCUUCCGACGAAUGAGCGGGACAAGUUUCAAGCCCACCGCGAUGCCAGGCCGAAGGGGGUGAACCUCAAAAAUGAAGAAGAUGAAAUUCUCGAAACCGAAAAUCUCACUCGACCGACGUAAUUAUAUUGCUUCUCGAAUCCUUUUAUUCGAAUCGAUAUUUUCUCUAAUUCGAACUCGCAACUGCGAAAGUCCGAAAUCUAAGAACCGACGAUGAGCGCAGAGUCGAACUGUACAAUUUGGCUGAAUUAUCGUUCGCGUUGCUACUUCGAAACUGUGGAGAUAUCUCGCUAUCUCUGGCAAAUUAUCCCUGUAAAAACUAUAUGUAUCGUAGUAAUUGUAUACGUAUAACGAAAGUAAAUAAAUAACUUUAA